AUGAUACCGAAUUGUAUCAGGAAUGCGGUCGCGCAGUCGUCCCGACGAAACGUGGCCUCGUUCUUCUCCAGCAAGAAGAAUAACUAUGCCACCGAGGCUUCCUUCGAGACCAAGCCAUACCGUUGGCACAAACUGGACUCGGGCCCUUCCACUCACGUCAAGGUGACUAGGGACGACGCUAUCGCACUGUUCAAACAACUACAUAUGAUACGCCGUAUGGAAACAGCUGCCGGUAAUCUGUACAAGGAGAAGAUCAUCCGUGGCUUCUGUCAUUUGUACUCUGGUCAAGAAGCUUGUGCGGUUGGUAUGAAAGCUGCUAUGAGACCCCAGGAUUGUGUAAUUACGGCUUAUCGUGCACACGGGUGGACACAUUUGAUGGGCAUAAACACAUUUGGCGUAAUGGCGGAGCUCACGGGUAGACAAGGUGGCAACGCCAGGGGCAAGGGUGGCUCCAUGCAUAUGUAUGCCGAGAACUUCUUUGGAGGAAACGGCAUCGUUGGUGCUCAGGUGCCACUGGGAGUCGGGAUCGCCUUUGCGCAUAAGUAUUUGAACACCGGCGGUGUCUGCCUGGCGUUGUACGGCGACGGUGCGGCCAAUCAAGGCCAGGUGUUCGAAGUGUACAACAUGGCGAAGCUUUGGGACGUACCCUGCAUCUUCGUCUGCGAGAACAACGGCUACGGAAUGGGUACCAGCGCGGACCGUGCCUCGGCCAACACAGACUACUAUACUAGAGGCGAUUACGUGCCUGGAAUAUGGGUGGACGGAAUGGACGUGUUGGCCGUGAGGGAAGCCACGAGAUUCGCGAUCGAUCAUUGCACGUCCGGCAAGGGACCGAUAAUCAUGGAAACCGUGACGUACAGGUACAGCGGACACAGUAUGUCGGACCCGGGGACCAGCUAUCGCACGCGAGAGGAGGUGCAGGAAGUCCGACAGACUCGGGACCCUCUCACCAGCUUCAAGGAGAGAAUUCUUAACGCCAAUCUCGUCACCGCCGAUGAGAUCAAGACGAUAGAGGGUGAUAUCAGAAAAACGGUGGACGACGCCGUGAAAGCCGCCAAAGCCGACAAGGAAAUCCCCUUGAACGAACUCACUGCCGACAUCUACUCGACGUGCCUGGAGAAGGAAAUUCGCAACACGACUCCUUUCAAUCCUUUAACGCACACCAGAUUAGGGCCAGCUAUAAACGCUUGAAAAAUUGCUCAAACAUCGUCUCAUCACAAAGCAUUAUACAUUUUGCAGUCACGGUGCCACCCUCUCCCUUCUCAGUGUCUUUAAUGAGAUAGAUAGGUAGCUAGAGAUCCACAGACCGGCGUAGAAAAUUGUACAUGCUUUACGUGCGACUCCUUAAUUCCAGGAUGUAUGUUAUUAGUUUUACUGAGAAGGAGCGGGUGGUCAACCGGACGGAUUAACUUCGAGUAAUUCUCGCGCAUCAACGUCGAACCCGAUGCUCUAACGCGUACGUUUUGUAUCAGACCGUCUGCCAAAAGAGAGAAAUCCUCGAGGAUCAAGUGUAUUUAUUCCCAGCAAACCAGUUACCACGCAAGGAUAGGUCCUGCACGAUAUAACGUGCGCCUAAGAUCUGAGCCGUCUGUUAACGUGUUAAUAUAAAAGUAAAUAUAUAAAUAGUGUAAGAAAAUGAAAUAAAAAGAAUAUUUGUUAACAAAUG